GCUGACGCGCCAGGAGAGAGCGGUGCUCGCAGCCGGCAGGUGUCGGCGGACGUCGGGGGGCUGCGCUGGUGCGCAUGCGGCGCCGAGAUGGACCCGUUGGCACCAAUGCGGCUAUACACGCUGUCCAAGCGGCACUUUGUCCUAGUCUUUGUUGUAUUCUUUAUUUGCUUUGGUUUGACAAUCUUCAUUGGAAUUGUAGGUCCUAAUGUAAUCAAGACCACAACAACAUCUGAAUUGACUAACAGCUCAAAGCUGAAGUCAUAUCCAUUAAAUUCACAACCAUUAUCCACUUAUAAUCAACAACUAUGGCUAACCUGUGUUGUUGAACUGGAUCCACCUUAUGAAUCUCGCUUCAAAAUUAACAUUACUCUGUCAAUUAAAAUACACGGUGUAACAAAGGAUGCAAGCACACGAUACAAAAAUAACCAAGUUCAUAAUCGAACAAGGCAACUCAACUGUGCUCGGAAAUGUGAUGAAAUCAUUGUGGCUCAUCUUGGCUACCUGAACUACACUCAGUAUAACAUAUUGGUUAGUUUUGAGGGUCUGGAGAAGUUGAUUGUUCCGAUCCUGAGCAUCAGUUUCACAUGGAAAACUUACAAUCCGUAUUUUUCACAAGUUGAAAUUUGGUUCCGAUUUGUAUUUGUGGUUCUUACUUUCAUAGUCACGUGCCUGUUUGCACAUUCCCUCCGGAAAUUCUCCAUGAGAGACUGGGGAAUUGAACAGAAAUGGAUGUCCAUCCUCCUACCCCUGUUACUGCUUUACAAUGAUCCAUUUUUCCCCCUCUCUUUUCUGGUGAACAGUUGGUUUCCUGGAAUGCUAGAUGACUUCUUCCAGUCAUUGUUCUUGUGUGCACUGUUACUGUUCUGGCUCUGUGUCUACCAUGGGAUAAGAGUGCAGGGAGAAAGAAAAUGUUUAACUUUUUAUCUUCCCAAAUUUUUUAUUGUUGGGCUGUUGUGGUUGGCCUCAGUCACAUUAGGAAUAUGGCAAACUAUUAAUGAGCUACAUGACCCAACAUACCAGUACAGGGUUGACACCGGUAACUUUCAGGGUAUGAAAGUCUUCUUCCUUGUGGUGGCAGCCAUAUACAUUUUGUACCUUUUGUUCCUGAUAGUGAGGGCAUGUUCAGAACUUCGUAAUAUGCCUUAUAUUGAUCUCAGGUUAAAAUUCUUGACUGCAUUGACCUUUGUAGUACUUGUCAUUAGCAUCGUUAUACUUUAUCUGCGCUUUGGUGCACAAGUACUACAGGACAACUUUGUAGCAGAGCUGUCAACUCAUUAUCAGAAUUCAGCAGAAUUCUUAUCAUUCUAUGGUUUGUUGAACUUCUAUCUCUACACACUAGCCUUCGUGUAUUCCCCAUCAAAGAAUGCACUAUAUGAGUCGCAAUUGAAAGACAAUCCUGCCUUUUCUAUGCUGAAUGAUUCAGAUGAUGAUGUGAUUUAUGGGAGUGACUAUGAAGAAAUGCCGCUCCAGAAUGGCCAAGCCAUUAGAGCCAAGUACAAAGAAGAGUCGGAUAGUGAUUGAAUUCACGUGGAUGAACUUGUUUAGUAGAAACGAAAGCAAUUUUUAUUUUUUUUAUUUUUUUCCCCCCAUCUCCCAAGGAAGGACAUCCUGCUUCUUAUUUCUGUUUACAGAGUUAAAACUGAAGGAAAAAAAUGGAAAUGCUUGAAAAGGUGUGCUACAAAACCCAAACACUUUUUACACUAGCAAAUGUCUUGUAAAAGCACAUCCUUGGAGAACAGACUGUGGAAACAAGGGGGCUUUUGCAGUUUAGUACCAUCUUGGAGUGGUGUUGACUAUAUGUUGAUUUAAAACUGCUCCCUUUCUUAUUUUUAGAGGAAUACAUGCAGCCUAAUCUGUUUGCACUUUCAUGCAACUUGUUCUAGCUGCAGUGUACAAUGCCCACUAAAAAUUGAAGUGCCUCUUCUUCCUUUUCUCUUACUCACUUGACUUGGAGGUGGAGAAUGACAUGUUUUCCAUUGGGUUCUGAGAAACCAUAAUCUUUCCUGCUUCUCCUUUGAGGAGCAACAUUCAGGGUUUGUUUUGGUUUUUUUAGUGGCCAGUAGCAUAAUAGGCUUAAACACCUAUUUUAAGGUGUUCAUAAAAUGGAUUUUGCCAAGCAGUUAAUUUAAUGAGUAAUACAAGUACAAACAUUCAAGUUCUUUUGCACCAAAAAUAUAUAACCCGAAUGUUAUAUAACAAGUAGUGUGCAAUUAUAUAGGGGGCAGGAUACUUCAGACUCUUCACCAAAUUAAAAUGAGUCAAAAUAUAUAGAUUAAAAUGUUCAAACUUCAGAGGGAAACAGUACUGCUGUCUUUCUGUGUGUGUUUUUUGAGGGGGAAUGUAUGUAUGUUCUGUAAAACAUACAGGAUAAAAUGUCCUAUUUUAACACACACAUUCUUUUAAGCUUUGGAUCUUUUUUCUAAGUUGGCAUUUUGUUAAAAACAGUUGCUCUGUGUUGCAGAAAGUUGCUUUUGCUGAUGUGUUGAACGUGUGUGAAAGAGUCUGCUUUACAUUUUCAGCAUAUGGAUCCAAUCUGCUCUUUCAGCCACAACUAAACAGCAACACAUACUACUGCUGUGUGAGAUUAUUAGCAAUUAACCUUUUCCAGUCUGUGCUGGAAGAGUGAGGUGCAGAACUUCCAAGCAUUUACUAGAAUGUUGCUCCUCAUGAUGUUUUAAGAAGAUAUUUCCCACUGUUCCCACUACACUGGAGCUUUGUCUUUAAAGAGAAGCUGCCAAUUUCCAGUAACAUUUAAAGAAGCUAUUUCCAGAUACUCCACCUGUCCCUGAGUCUUUAGGUUUUGUGGUUUCACAAUCAGUUUUCUCCUCUAAAUUAUGUCUCCCUUUGCUGUGGCAGACCCACAUAAACCAGGAAAACUGACAGACCAUAUAGGACAUGCCAUUAUACUGGCUUAUAUACAGAGACCCAUCUACGAAGGGGAUUGAACUCUGACUUUAAUCCACUUCAAUUACAAGAGUUUGGUAUGUCCAUAGGACCUUUUUGGGCCAUGUCAAGAACCACCACUGCAAUUUGUCUUCCGAGUAUUCAUAACAGCUGUUCUCUUGGCAGUGAUCUGUACUAGAGAAUUUUGCUUUUAGAAGAACAAAGUAUUGCCAUGUGGACAAAGUAAUCCAACUUGUAUUUUAAGAGCACCAGGUGUGUUUGUAACAUUACAUGGAAAAAUUGAGGCAGAUGUAUAUUUAAGCUGUCUUGUAAACUGCAGUGGCUAUUACAUCUUACAUUCCUUUUUAAAAAAAAUAA